AUGGCGGGGAAGAUGACGCUAUACAAGCUGGUGGUGCUGGGCGACGGCGGCGUCGGCAAGACCGCCCUGACCAUCCAGCUCUGUCUGAACCACUUCGUCGAGACCUACGACCCCACCAUUGAAGACUCGUACCGAAAGCAGGUGCAGAUCGACGGCCAGUCGUGCAUGCUCGAGGUGCUCGACACCGCCGGCCAGGAGGAGUACAUUGCGCUGCGAGACCAGUGGAUACGCGACGGCGAGGGCUUCGUCCUCGUCUACAGCAUCUCGUCGCGCUCCUCCUUCGCCCGCAUCCAGCGCUUCCACGACCAGAUCCAGCGCGUCAAGGAGAACUCGCUCUCCGGCUCCCCGACCUAUCCCGGCUCGCCGCUCACGGCCUCGUCCAUGGGCUCGUCCUUUGGCCCAGCGCCCGUCAUGCUCGUCGGAAACAAGUGCGACCGCGUCACCGAGCGCGAGGUCUCGACCCAGGAGGGCAGCGCCCUGGCGAAGCUGCUCGGCUGUGACUUUGUCGAGGCGUCUGCCAAGAACUGCGUUAAUGUGGAAAAGGCCUUUUUCGAAGUCGUCCGCCAGCUUAGACGCCAGCGACACCAGGGCAUGACCAAGGAGCGAGUGCCCAGGAGCGUCGGCCGUGGCGGACACGGUGGUGGAAGGACCAAGGAGUACAUCAACGGCGAUAUCUACCGCAACCGCGGGAAGGGGUACUCGGACCGCCCCCGGAGACAGAAGGACAAGCCCGGCAAAUGCGUCAUACUUUGA